CUGUUGAUAUGCAAUCUGCGUUUGAAGAUGCAACGUCCACAUUGAAUUUGGCCUAUUUGAUACAGCUUUCGAUGGAUGGGCCGAAUGUAAACUGGUCAUUUCAUGACAAAGUGAAUACAGACAUGUCUCCAUAUAUGAUGCUUUCUAACAGUGAGCAGAGAAAAGUUACUAUCACUGUGGAUGAUACUGAUAAUAUGUGUGAGUUGAUUGCUUUUGAUGUCCUCCACCCUGUGUCAGCCAUAAGUAAUUAUUUACGCCUGCUGGAUCAGUAUAAAAGUGUGAUAUUCUAUGGUCCAACUGGGAGUGGUAAAUCUUACUUGGCACACAGAUUGGCACAGAGUAUUGCAGCUCAGGAAUUAUCACUGGGUCGAAAGCCGUCUAUUCAUCAGCUGUCACUACAGCCUGGAUAUACUUUUGCCAACUUUCUAACUUUCCUGAGACAGAGAAAUUGUAUUGUCCCAGUCGACCUUGUUGUUGAGAACUUUGCUGCUAUACUGCUACUGGAUAACUUAGAAGCAGUGGACAUUGCAAAGUUAUUUGGUGAGCUUCUAGAUGCAAUGGAAUACAGGGGAAAAGGCCAUACAUUCUGCAUUAGAGGGGAUAAUAGCCUUGGUACUAAUGGUGUGCAUUACUUAGCUGAUCAUUUUUAUGUCAUUGGAACCAUGAAUAAAUCUAGGUCUCUAGGAGUUGAUCUGUCAAUAUUGCCACGAUUCAGAUGGGUUCAGUUUCGACUGGAUACAGAACCAUUACGAGGACUGCUUGCCAGACACUUCCUGCGACGUAUUUUCAACGUAUAUCAUGGGUGCAUGCCUUCACCUGAAGAUCCUGUGUUUCGAGCUGUUGAGUGGAUAGUGUGUGUUUGGCAAAGGUUAAAUGACAGCCUAAAUAAACUAGGCAUACCAGAGGUAGUUCAAGGGCCAUGCAUGUUUUUCAAAUGUCCUUUGGAAAGACAAGAUCAUAAGCUUAUUUUAGAAUGGAUGCAGAACACAUGGAACCAGCAGAUUGCUCCACGUGUGAGAGAAGCUGUCAAGCGAGGCACUGGAUCUGAGGCCCCUUCAGAUGGCCAACAGAAAGUGGCAAACACAGC